GCAGACAUAUCAGUGUGGAUGACGGAUCACCACCUCAAGCUGAACCUCGGCAAGACGGAGCUGCUCUUCCUUCCGGGGAAGGACUGCCCGUUCCAUGAUCUCGCCAUCACGGUUGACAACUCCAUUGUGUCCUCCUCCCAGAGCGCUAAGAACCUUGGCGUGAUCCUGGACAACACCCUGUCGUUCUCAACUAACAUCAAGGCGGUGGCCCGUUCCUGUAGGUUCAUGCUCUACAACAUCCGCAGAGUACGACCCUGCCUCACACAGGAAGCGGCGCAGGUCCUAAUCCAGGCACUUGUCAUCUCCCGUCUGGAUUACUGCAACUCGCUGUUGGCUGGGCUCCCUGCCUGUGCCAUUAAACCCCUACAACUCAUCCAGAACGCUGCAGCCCGUCUGGUGUUCAACCUUCCCAAGUUCUCUCACGUCACCCCGCUCCUCCGCUCUCUCCACUGGCUUCCAGUUGAAGCUCGCAUCCGCUACAAGACCAUGGUGCUUGCCUACGGAGCUGUGAGGGGAACGGCACCUCAGUACCUCCAGGCUCUGAUCAGGCCCUACACCCAAACAAGGGCACUGCGUUCAUCCACCUCUGGCCUGCUCGCCUCCCUACCACUGAGGAAGUACAGUUCCCGCUCAGCCCAGUCAAAACUGUUCACUGCUCUGGCCCCCCAAUGGUGGAACAAACUCCCUCACGACGCCAGGACAGCGGAGUCAAUCACCACCUUCCGGAGACACCUGAAACCCCACCUCUUUAAGGAAUACCUAGGAUAGGAUAAGUAAUCCU